CAUCAUCAAGAAGUAAGAUGCGGAUAAUAAGGUUGACGUCGUCGACGACGGUGACGAGGACGAGAGUGCGAAGUUUGGUUGCCAGUGUGCCAGUGUUUGUCGUGUGAAGAGGCAAGAAAGAGAGAAUCUUUACGCGAAAGAACCGUUUGAAAUUCACGAAAAUGGAGAUUGAAAUCCUAUCGGCAAAAUCCUCGACACUGAUAACCAAGGUCAAUGUAAAUUCGAACACUACAAUAGAAGAAAUUAAACAACAAUUGUUUAAAUUAAAGAAAGCACCUUAUGUUCAAAGACAAAGUCUGAGAUUGGAGGCUAAGGGAAAAGCAUUGUCUGAUUCUGAAACAAUUAAAUCUCUAUCACUAAAACCAAAUGGAAAACUUUAUUACAAGGAUCUUGGUCCCCAAAUUGGCUGGAAGACUGUAUUUUUGUUGGAAUAUGCAGGACCAUUAGUAGUGUAUUUUUGGUUGUAUCAGCGUCCAUGGUUGUUUUAUGGAAAUGUCAAUAUCAGCAAAUAUCACUAUGUAGCUAAUUGGGCAGCUGUCUGUUGGACAGUGCAUUAUGCAAAACGUCUGCUGGAAACUCUGUUUGUUCAUCGUUUUAGUCACGCAACAAUGCCAUUGCGUAAUCUAUUCAAAAAUUGUUCCUAUUAUUGGCUUUUUGCUAUGUAUGUGGCAUAUCAUACAAAUCAUCCAUUAUAUACAGCUCCCAGCGCACUUCAAUUCUAUAUUGGAGCAGUGACCUUUGCACUGUGUGAGCUAGGUAAUCUCAGCAUUCAUUUAGCUCUGAGGGAUUUGAGACCACCAGGUACUACAGUCAGAAAAGUUCCCAUGCCGACUGAUAAUCCUUUUACCGCGCUCUUCAAACUUGUCUCUUGUCCCAAUUAUACAUACGAAAUAGGCAGUUGGAUCGGUUUCACCAUAAUGACGUCCUGUCUUCCAGCUGGUCUAUUUAUGCUUGCUGGCGCGUAUCAAAUGACUGUAUGGGCAUUAGGAAAACACAAAGCCUAUAAAAAAGAGUUCUCGCAUUAUCCAAAAAAUCGUAAAGCUAUCAUUCCGUUUAUUCUCUAAAUCAAAGCAUUUUCAAAUCGUAAGUUAUAUAAUGAUGAAAAUUAAAUAUUAUUCCAAUUUUUUAUUUUCAAAAUAAAUAUUAAUAAAUCUG